AUGGAGAAGCUGUACGAAAACGAUGGAUUUGCAGUGGCAGGGAGUGAAAAUGGUGAGACGAGUAAUAGAGUAAAUACAUCUUUCGGAGAUGAAAUAAACCAAACAACUGAGAAUAGAAAAAGGAAAGAGCCUGAAGGGAGUUCCAGUGGUGAACAACCAGACGAUGGUGAAGAUGAUUCUCAUGUCCAAAAGAAAACAAGAGUUAUCUGGACAAGUGAAAUGCAUCGAAAAUUCGUGGAGGCCAUUGCACAAUUAGGGGAGGAUAGAGCUUUUCCGAAGAAGAUAUUAGAAGAGAUGAAUGAACCCGGACUUACAAAAGAAAAUAUUGCUAGCCAUUUGCAGAAAUAUCGUAUAAGCUUGAAAAAGUCCCAGGAGGAAAGGGACGGGUACUUUCAGGGUUUAAAUGCAGCAACCGGGGAUAGUAAGACUCCAUAUUUCUAUAACUCUUCUGUGGGAAAUUUCCAGCAGCAGCAUUAUAUGGGCACAUCUCAAAUUGGAUCCAGAAACUAUCUCCCCGUGUCUACAUCAAAUCAUUCAUCACUUUACAGAAUAAAUUACGCGGGCAUUGGUACUUCUGGAGUCCGUCUAGCACCGCCAUCUUACUCCCCUUUGAAUGUUUCAACUUGGGCUAUCAACGAUGGAAAUAUGCACAAGCAAUAUAGUCUAUGGACCGAGGUGAAUGGAAACAUUAAAGAUGAUCAUGCUGGUGAGGAGGGAGACAAAAUGCUGGGCAUUUUGAAUAAGAGGCCAUGCAUCAACACUUCUGACAUUCAUGCAACAAGUUCAAGCCCCGGAAAUAGUGCGUUUCCUGGACUUCGAAUGGCUAAUGAUGGAAAGUCUCUUGUGUUUGGUGAUUCGAAUGGAACUGAAGUCGUCUCGACAAAGAGAAACGAUUUCAAUGUUGGAAACGGUGCUCAAGAUUUUGCUUUGCCACCAUUUCCUGAUUCUGAAGAUCAAUUCGAAGAACCUUCCUUGCCUCCUUUACCAGAAUUUUACGUCGAGUAUUCAUUGCCACAGUUAGAAACAACAAACACUUCUCUACCUCCGAUAACCUCACAAUGGAACCCGAAUACAGACAUGGCCUCCUAUUCUUUCGUCAGCCAUGAAGAUUUUCUAUCACCACUACCAUCAUCUGAAAUGCCAUUGAACUUGUGUGGGGACGUCACCACUACCAAUUUCGUUCCCCAGAAUAGUUUAUUACCCCCGUUAGCAUCAGAGUCACAGUGCAAUGUGAAUCCAGAUGCAUCCAGUAGUACGAAAUUCUUCUUCCAUGUCCACCCUCCGAAAUUCCAUGGAGUAGUCUAG